AUGGACAUCUCCUCGCUAAAUCUCACGUCUAGUCAAGCUUCUCAGGCUCCGCCGGUCAUAGGUGAUAUCGGUCGAAUUACCCAGCGGCAAUAUGGGAUAGCCGUUGGAAUAUUCUUCGCGUUAGCGUCACUGUCGUUUCUUGGCCGCAUCUUCAUCCGACUCUUCACCCGACGACGCCUCUAUUUGGACGAUGCAUUCCUUAGCUUUGCUUUUACCACCCUGCUGAUAGGAACGGUACUGGGCUUUCUCCGUGCAUACACCAUCUACUUUCAGAUGGCAGCAUUGGAAGGAAAUGUUGAUGCACUUCUCUUUCUCGCCUCACAUUUAGAAGAACAUGCGAAAGAUUAUGGCUUUAAUAUCGCCUUUAUAGUCCUUCUCUGGACCACAGUCUUUGCCGUCAAGUGGUGCUACCUGGCAUUCUUUCACCCCCUCCUGGUGGGGAUGUCACGCUGGUUUAUCCUUUAUUACCGUUGCACUGUCGGGCUAUCCUUUGUUUCGUGGAUCUUGAGCGCCUUCGUCGCACCGAUCGUUCCUUGCCCGUAUACAGGAAUGAGGGCAAUCUCAAAAUGCUUCCCCUCUUUACCUGUCCCGAACAGCACGGUCCUCGCAAUGGUCUGGCUUCCACCGAUCUUGGAUGCGCUCACUGACCUGAUGAUCAUUAGUAUUCCAAUGCGAUUGCUCUACAAAGUUCAGUUACGAACCUUGACGAAAUUAGGUCUUGGAUGCUUCUUGUGUCUCUCGAUCUUCAUGUGCACAUGCUCCAUCAUUCGCACCGCAGGCACGUGGUACCACGGACUUCUCGACUACCCAUGGCAGGUAUUCUGGCUUCAUUUGGAGGGGUGCAUUGGAGUCACCAUGGGAUCCAUCACCGUCUACCGGUCUACUUUGAUCGGAUCCAACGAGGUCUCAACUGCGUUCAAGAAAUACUUCAUCCGGAUCAAGGACGCGGUGUUCGGUUCGUCGAGUGGCAUAGCAGAGGGGUCACCAGCGGAGGAAAACAAAACCCAGACACGUCAGAUUAAACUACCCUCUAUUCCGCAAGCGACCAUUACAGGGUUGCGAACAUGGUUCGGUCUCUCUAGGAAGGACCCUGCCACUUCCAACGGUGACUCCGGACUCACCAGCUUUAACAGCGAUAUCGAUUACCAUACUUUGUUGAAAGCCCCCACGGCAGCGGCAAAUCACCGUCAAUGAGGCCUAGGAUCGGCUUUUGUUGUUUCUCUCAAUAAUCUGGGCAUGGAUGAACUCCGAUACAUUUUUUUAUGUAUCUGGAACUCAUGAUGAUGUUUGGAAGAUAAGUAAGAGGCAGUGGUGGUCGGAGACCACGCAUACAGAGUUGGCUAAAGAUCCAGAUGAUCACUGGCUAGGUGAAUGUCUCAGUAUAAUAUUAUCGGGAUCGGAGUUAAGACGCGACAUGUCAUAUAUGAUAUACGCGGCGAUAGCAUAUCUCCAGCACAGACAGAAGGAUCAGAAUGGAUGGACCGCGUCAAACACCCG